CCGGGGGGCCUGCGAAGCACGGCGGCGCGCAGACGGCGCUCAGGGCGUGGGAGAGAAGCCCGGACGCUGCCCGGACGGCGCGUCCCACCGCGGGAGCCCACGUAGUGCGUGCAGCAAGGCCUCCUCUAUGUGAACACACACACCAGGCACACAUUUCCCCCAUUUUCAUUAAAAGCGCAGGAAGUCAGGAGUGCAAGUCCUGAUGCCAGCUUGGCUACCACUGAAAGGGUCAGCUCUGGAGCCCAGGCUGAGGCCAGCCAGCCCUGAGCCUUAGGCCGGGGAAUGGCAUCCCUCCAGGGGUCCCAGGACCAGGCCUCUGGGGAGGGAGAAGGACUUGUGAUUGUGAAGGUGGAAGAUUCCUCCUGGGAGCAGGUAUCUGCCCAGCCAGAGGACAGCAGGGAUUUGGAGGCCUGCCGCCAGCGCUUUCGUCAGUUCUGUUAUGAGGAUGUGGGAAGGCCGCACGAGGCCUUCAGCCAGCUCUGGGAACUGUGCUGCCGCUGGCUGCGGCCUGAACUGCACUCCAAGGAGCAGAUCCUGGAGCUGCUGGUGCUGGAGCAGUUCCUGACAGUGCUGCCCAAGGAGAUCCAGACUCGGGUGCAGGGACAGCACCCGGGCAGCGGCGAGGAAGCUGUUGCCUUGGUGGAGGACCUGCAGAAGCAGCCAGUGAAAGCCUGGCCACAGGAUGUGUGCUCAGAGGAGCUGGGGCCUGAAGUUGCAGUCCAGAGAUCCCGGCCUAAGAGGCUCCCCCUGGUGGUGGGGGUGCAGAGCCAGCCACCUGUACCCUGGGAGCCGUGCCGCCACACCCAGCUUCCUGCUCACCUUAAAGAGGGAAGCGGCAGAGAGGGGACCAAUGCCCAUGGACCUGUGGCCUUGGGAGACAUCCCUUUCUUUUUCUCCCAAGAAGAAUGGGGCUCCCUGGAUCCAGCUCAGAGAGAUCUUUUCUGGGACAUAAAGCAGGAGAGCUCCAGGAACACUGUUCUAGAUUUGGGGCUCAAAAGCUUGAGUGUGGAGACUGGGCUGGCCGAGGUGGCCAUGGCCCUUCCUGCCCCGGCAGGUGGAGGAGCAGGCGGCCAAGCGGCUGUGUCCUGGAGUCCUGAGGAUGUGGAGACCUGGGAGAGCGAGAACCGGCCCGGCACAGCCCUGGCCAGGCCGCCCCUCUGCAGGCGCCAGUUCCGGGACCUGGCGUCGGAGAAACCGCACAGCUGCGGGCAGUGCGGGAAGCGCUUCCGCUGGGGCUCAGACCUCGUCCGCCACCAGCGCACGCACACCGGUGAGAAGCCGCACAAGUGUCCGGCCUGUGACAAGAGCUUCCGCAGCUCCUCCGACCUGGUGCGCCACCAGGGCGUGCACACAGGCCAGAAGCCCUUCUCCUGCGCCCAGUGCGGCAAGAGCUUCAGCCGCAGCGCCUACCUGGCUGACCACUGGCGCAUCCACACCGGCGAGAAGCCCUUCGGCUGCAGCGACUGCGGCAAGAGCUUUUCGCUGCGCUCCUACCUGCUGGACCACCGGCGGGUGCACACCGGCGAGCGGCCCUUCGGCUGCGCCGAGUGUGACAAGAGCUUCAAACAGCGUGCACACCUCAUCGCCCACCAGAGCCUCCAUGCCAAGACAGCCCAGCCGGUGGGGUGAGCUGCCCUGCCCGUGGACACCGCGCCUUGCUGCGAUUCUGGCCACAGCUGCUCCCCAGGGAGUUUGCCACCUGUCUUUGUCCAUCACCUGGGCACCUGUGGGAGGGACCCCAGUGGGCCCCACCCCCCAUCGGGGCGCAGGAACACAGCCACCCACCUGCGAUGGUGCUUUCCCCUUUCUGCUCACGGUUUCCGGGGGCCUCAGCACUUUCCUGAGGCAGGAGUGAGAGGAGAGAGGCAGGACCCAGAGGUUCCUCCAGGCACCCCUGGCCUCACCUGGCCCAAGGCUUUGUUCCCUGCCCUCCGCCCCUCACCCUGUGCCUGCCAGCGAGGGAGGGCACCGACCGGCCUCGGCCCCCAAGACAGGAGAAUGUGGGUCCCAGGUGCAGCCACGGGGCCUCCCGUCCCCUUCUAGGCCGUGAACAGUCUGUCAUAGCCCAGGAAGCUGCCUGCUCUGAGCCCUGAAAGCCCCCACCUGCCGUCUAGAGGUGGCAGAGGUGGUUGUGGUGACAGGAGGUGGACCGCGGAGGUGUGGCCCAGCCAAAAGAUGCCAGCACUGAGUCAGCACUCGGAGGCUGAGUCCUCACGCAAUGCUUUCUGCCCUGUACCGAGUGCGGAGUUCAGCCCAGUGGGCCUUGAAUAAACGUGGGAAUGUCA